GUAUUUCGUCAAAUAAAAAAAAUGAAUAGAUAGAUAGAUAGAUAGACUGACAGACAGAUGGAUUAAUUUAUUUAAUAAUUAAAAAUUCAGUGCCGUAUUGAUUUAUGCUCACGGUUCGUUUUAUAUCUAUUCAUUAUUUCUUACAACAUUCCGUCAUUUAAUUUUAUAAACACGUGUGUUUUGAAUGGAUGUUUCGUAUGCGAAUUUAUAAAUUAACGUUCAUAAUCUGAAGUCUGUGUAAGUGGAGGAGACUUUUAUUAUUGCUCGUUAUUUCUACCCUUGGCGAAUGACCCCGCAGUACUCAGGUUGAUUAACCCGGAAGUACCCACGCGGCUCACUGAGCACUCCGUCCGGUUCUGCGGGCUCAAGGGGAGAAACGCUGAAGCACCAUGGCUCUGUUCUAAUCGCGUUUAUUAAGAGAAGUGAGAUCAAUUUACCGGCAAUCCGUCACCAUCCGCGCCUUAAACAUGGACCUCCAGUCAAGAGGCUUGUCCUGGAGGCAUCAACUUUGUCAGUAGUAACAUCUGGAAACUGUAUUUAUUAUUUUUUCCCCCCAUACUGUCACUUUUUCUAGCCUUUGCACGCUACAUGGGAUUUAAACCUAAAGUGUCAGCAGCUAGCCAACACUUCUCACUUGAUUAACUCAAAUAUUCCUGUGGAAACCAAGACGCCCUCUGUAACAAAAAGACAAACUUUCAAGAAACACGUUGACGGAGUCUCGCCCUCAAGUUUUCCCAUUUGUCUGCGGAGCCGGGGUGAAUUGCUGACACACUACACAAGGACUCACCCUGAGGACAUUUGGAUACCCCAGAGAUUCAUAAUACUAAUUUAGAGUUUGGCAGGCAAGUGUGAGGCCCCUUCAUGCAGAACCACAGGAAAUGAAUAAACCACCUCAGCCUAUAACAGGACCCCCUGCCAUUCCCCACCCCGCCCAAUCGCCAGGACUGACACAGGCUGCCUAUCCCCCAGGUCAGCCUUCCUCUGUUGUUUUUCCCGGGCCAUCUCCACAAAUGAACACUGCACCGCAACCCAGACAGUUUGCACCAGGGCCUCGUGCUUUACACCAACAGCCGUACUACCCUAAUCGGCCCAACAUGCAAGGCAGUGCCCCUCGGGUCCCACCCAGCAGCACCCCCCGGUCUGUUGCACCCACUCACGUCUACCAACCUACCUCACAGGUUAUGAUGAUUCCCCAGCAACAGUUGCAAUUCGCCAACACUCAGGGCCAUGCCAUUUUCCUACACGGACAGUACCGCGCCCCCUACAUGCCGCCAACGCAGCAGUACUCUGCAGGCUUUUACCCUGGAAGCAGUCCAGCUGAAUACGGUACAUAUGAUCCCUCUCUGGCAGGGAGGGAGAGGCAGGGGGGUGGGGGGAGAGGUGCAGGUAGAGAGAACGGACGUCUCUCGCUGCAUGGAGCUCCUCUCACCUCCCAGCGCUAUCCUGCGGCUGCCUAUUAUCCUGCAACACAGCAGUACCCAACGUCAGUGUCCGCCACGUCUGUCAUGAUGAGUCCCGCUCAGCAGCAACCAGCUCCACCGCCACAGCAAGCUCCGCCUCAGCAGACAGGACCAGUCAAACCGAGAGAGCGCAAACAGAUCAGAAUACGUGACCCCAACCAGGGUGGACGUGACAUCACUGAAGAGAUCAUGUCUGGUGGAAGAACGACCUCCACACCCACUCCUCCACAGACUACUGGUCCAGAUGUGUUAGGUCCUGUCCAGACCAACGGUGAAAGUGUUCUGCCUGUUGCUGCUGUGAUCAGAGCUGAUGAUCAAGUGAAGUCCAUGGCACCUCCUCCAGCUGUGUCCACCCCUCCUCCAGCUGUGUCCACCCCUCCUCCAGCUGUGUCCACCCCUCCUCCAGCUGUGUCCACCCCUCCUCCAGCUGUGUCCACCCCUCCUCCAGCUGUGUCCACCCCUCCUCCAGCUGUGUCCACCCCUCCUCCAGCUGUGUCCACCCCUCCUCCAGCUGUGUCCACCCCUCCUCCUCCAAAGACGCCAGAGCAAGCCCCCAUUGCAUCUUCAGCAGCUGACUCUAAACCGGUGUCAGAGAUCAGACCUGCUUCACCUGUGAGCAAGAUUCCCAUUACUCCAGAAGAAGACCCAGUGAUAUCCCCAGCGCUCACACCUUCUCCUCCUCCUCCUCCUCCUGCAAACAAUCCCCAACUUUCAAAUCCUCAAACUUGUGACCGUGUGGAUGCUCCAAUACUCCCUGAUGCCCCGGUUCAAAAGGAGGAGCCUGAGGACACCCCUCCAGUGGAGCCAACUUCUAUUGGUGUUGAGAAAGAGGAGUCAGAGGUAGCCAAAGAGAAAGAGCCUGAACCUGUGGCCGAAACAGAGGCCGCUUCUGAUGAAUCUAUCUCGGCUGCGAUCAUCUCCACACCUGUGGAGCCGCCUCCUGCUGUAGAUAAUGAUGUUGAGGUUGCUUCUAAGGACACCACCCCUCUAUCCAUGGAGACACCCGUUCCAGAGCCAGUCGUUGAUGAGCCAAAGGAACAGCCUUUGCUUAACGGUUUGCCUGAGGACUCGGCAGAGGCUCCAAUAGUGAAGCCAGAGAGCUCCACUAAUCCGGUUGCUGAACAAGCGCUUCCUCAGGUCCAACAGAGCUGCCUUAUGGCUGUGGAAGCACCUGUAGAGGAAGCAGAGGAGGAGAAACCAGAGGAGACGCCUGCCCCUGUAACAGUCUGCCCUGUUGAGGAAACGAAUAUGCAAGCUGCCGCGACACCCGUGCCAAAGAAGAAAAAGAAGAUCAAGGAUCUGAAUAAGAAAGAUGUAGGAGAUGUCCUAGAUGCCUUCAAAGAGCCUGAGGAGGAAAAGCCUACUCCUGAGCCAGAGGUUGCUCAGAAAGAGCCCUCCCCUGCUCCAACCCCUGCCCCAAUAGCUGAAGAGUCAGACGAAACAUGGGAGGACAAAGAGGACAAGCUUGACACAGAAAAUAUUGAGCCUGAGGCGUCUAAACCUGUGGAACAGAAGUAUCAAUAUAAAGAAGAGCAAUGGAAGCCCAUCAACCCAGAGGAGAAGAAACGAUAUGAUCGAGAAUUCCUGCUUGGCUUCCAGUUCAUUGGUGCAAGCAUGCACAAGCCAGAGGGUUUGCCGCACAUCAGUGAUGUUGUCUUGGACAAGGCAAAUAAAACCCCCUUGCGGCCCUUGGAUCCCAGGAGUCUGAUGAACUGUGGGCCUGAUUUCACACCCUCAUAUGCUAACUUGGGUAGACAGUCAUCUGGCGGAGGAGGGCGAGGACCGUUGCACUCCUCUCAGUCUGCACGGCGCCCUCAGCCAGGUCGAGGCAAAGACCAAAUGAGUCGCAACCCCAAGAUCAUCACCAGCUUGUCUCUUAAAGACAAUGUGGAACUCAACCAGGCUGAGAAUGCUUGGACGCCUACAGUGAAGAAACAAGUCCGAGUCCGUGGAGGAGAGGAGGAAGAGGAAGUCUCAGAAGCUGUGAAAACGCAGGAGCUGUUCCGCCGCGUACGCAGCGUCCUUAACAAGCUAACGCCACAGAUGUUCCAGCAGCUGAUGAAGCAAGUGACGGAGCUCACCAUAGACACAGAAGAGAGGCUCAAGGGUGUCAUUGACCUCAUCUUUGAGAAAGCCAUCUCUGAACCCAACUUCUCUGUAGCUUAUGCCAACAUGUGCCGCUGCCUUAUGGGGCUUAAAGUCCCCACUUCAGACAAACCGGGAGUCACUGUGAAUUUCCGUAAACUACUACUCAAUCGUUGUCAGAAGGAGUUUGAAAAGGACAAGGAUGAUGACGAGAUCUUUGAGCAGAAACAGAAAGAGCUGGAUGCUGCCACUGAGGGAGAACGUCAGCGCCUGAAGGAGGAGCUGGAGGAUGCCAAGGACAAGGCACGUAGACGGUCGCUUGGAAACAUCAAGUUCAUCGGAGAGCUGUUCAAGCUGAAAAUGCUGACAGAACCCAUCAUGCAUGACUGCAUUGUCAAGCUCUUGAAGAACCAUGAUGAGGAGAGCUUAGAGUGCCUCUGCCGGCUGCUCUCCACUAUUGGAAAAGAUCUAGACUUUGAGAAGGCCAAGCCUCGAAUGGAUCAGUACUUCCACCAAAUGGAGAAGAUCAUUAAAGAGAAGAAGACGUCUUCUAGAAUCCGCUUCAUGCUUCAGGAUGUUUUAGACCUCCGAAAGAACAACUGGGUGCCCAGAAGAGGAGAUCUGGGUCCCAAAACCAUCGAUCAGAUCCAUAAAGAAGCAGAGAUGGAAGAACAUAGAGAGCAAAUCAAAGUACAGCAACAGCUGCUGUCUAAGAAAGACUCCAGUCAGGGUCGAGGUGGCCGUGGUGGGCCGCACUCCUCUGGGGGCCGUGGUAGCCAGACCCAAGAUGAGGGUUGGAACAUAGUGCCUAUUUCCACUAAGAACAGACCGAUUGACACCAGCCGCCUCAGUAAAAUUACUAAGCCUGGUGAUUUCAACAACCAGCUGCUGGCCCCGGGAGGAAAGGGCUCAUGGGGUAGCUGGGGUAAAGGGAGCAGUGGAGGCACAGGAGCCAAGUCCACUGGAGAUCAAGACCAGGGGAGACCGGCCACUAGCACGCUCAACCGCUUCUCUGCAUUGCAGCAGUCUGGACCCCCUUCAUCAGCAUCAUCCUCCUCACUUGACUCUGAUCGUAGAGUGCCUCAAAGGAACAGCUCCAGUAGGGACCGUAGCGAUAGAGAUCGCGGCGACCGAGACAGGGAUCGCUUUGACCGGUUCGAUAGUAGGCGGGAAGACCGGGACAGAGGCCUCGACAGACCCCGUCAGGCCAUCACCAAACGCAGCUUCAGCCGUGAAAAUGAGCGCAGAGGAAGCGACAGUCGUGGGCCAGCAGAUUCUGUACGCCGUGUGUCCAGCAUGACAGAGAACCGUGAUCGAGGCAGUCGAGAGCGUGAUAGAAGCAAGGAGACAGUGAAGCCAAUGUCGGCUCCUGCUCCUCCACCACCUGUUCAAGCCAAACCCGCCCUGAGUGAGGAAGAGCUGGACAAGAAAUCCAAAUCCAUCAUUGAAGAGUAUCUCCACAUCAACGACAUGAAGGAGGCAUUGCAGUGCGUGCAGGAGCUGAACAGCGCCUCUCUGCUCUUCGUGUUUGUACGGAACGGUGUUGAGUCCACACUGGAGCGCAGCACCAUCGCUAGAGAGCAUGUGGGCCUGCUGUUUCAGAAGCUUGUUAGUGCUAGAAUAUUACCUCCGGAGCAGUACUACAAGGGACUGCAGGAGAUUCUGGAGAUAGCAGAUGACAUGGCCAUUGACAUUCCUCAUAUUUGGCUCUACCUGGCAGAAAUCAUCACACCCAUGUUGCAAGAGGGAGGCAUCCCCAUGGGCCAGCUCUUCAGGGAAGUGUCCAAACCUCUUCUCCCUAUGGGCAAAGCAGCAAUCUUGCUUGUUGAAAUACUUAACCUUCUCUGCAAAGGACUGAGCCACAAAAAAGCUGGAGUGAUGUGGUUUGAGGCGGGACUCAGCUGGAAAGACUUUCUGCCUGAAGAUGAGGAUGUCAAUAAGUUUGUUACAGAGCAGAAAAUGGAGUUCACUCUGGGUGAGGAGUCUGAGAAGCCCAGUAAGAAGGAACUGACUGCUGAGGAGCUGAGUAAACAUUUGGACAGGUUGUUACAGGAAAAAGCCAACAACCAGAGGAUCUAUGACUGGGUAGAGGCCAACCUAGAUGAGCAGAAGAUGGGCUCCAAUCAGUUUGUCCGGGCCCUGAUGACGUCUGUGUGCCAGUCUGCCAUUAUAUGUGAGAACCCAUACAAGGUGGAUGUGGAGCAGAUUACCCAAAGGGCCAAGCUGCUGCAGAAGUACCUCUCUGAUGAAACAAAGGAGCUGCAGGCACUCUAUGCUCUCCAGGCUCUCAUGGUGCAGAUGGAGCAGCCUGCCAAUUUACUGCGCAUGUUUUUCGACGCGUUGUACGAUGAGGACGUGAUUAAAGAGGAAGCCUUCUACAAAUGGGAGUCCAGCAAAGACCCAGCGGAGCAGCUGGGGAAGGGUGUGGCCCUGAAGUCUGUCACUGCCUUCUUCACUUGGUUACGGGAGGCAGAGUCCGAAUCGGACAACAGCUAAUCCUGAACUUUGCUAGCCCAGGUAGCAUUGGAGAGAAUCUGCUGCCAGGGACUAAUGAGAGGAGGAUGUCUGGCAACCAAGUUGAACUUGAUCCUCAUAAAGCCAAUCUUAUCUGUUCAGGGUGGCUCUUGACAGAUAUAAACUACAAUCAUUUCUCAGUCAUUUCUUUUGCUCUCUAUAUAUAUUGUGGCUUAUGUCCACCAAAAACAAUAAAAUGUAAAAAAAAAAAAAAAAAAAA